UAGGGACGCGGGGCGGUCGGGCGGGGGAGUGUAGUCACAGGCAACUCUUGAUAUCCGGCUGGCGAUGGGGAGACGCUGGCCGUUAGAGACGUGCACACAGACCCAGAAAGAGAGGGGCUACACGGUUUACAAAGUGUAAACCCCAGCAAACUAAUUCCAAACUGGCAGCUGAGGCCGAGAAUUCCGUUUCGGAUCAAGGCAGUGAUUCUAACAGCUAGAACAUUCCGAGCCCCACAGAUUCAGGAGAAUUUCUACGAAGUAAAUUCAGUCUCAUAAUGGAUGUACGGGUCUGUGCACAUGAGUUAUUGACGUUGGAUAAACUCCUGUAAAAUUCAACUUGAGCCAUUUCUUCAGUUUUGGAACUGAUCUUUGCAAUUGCUUCAGACAGAACAAAAAUGGAUUCAAAAUCUGCUCCCCCUAACGUCAGUAUUCCCAGCUUUGAUGAACAUCGUGAGAAAAAAAAACGAUACACUGUUUACAAAGUGCUGGUGACAGUGGGUAGAAAUGAAUGGUUUGUCCUGAGACGCUAUGCUGAAUUUGACAAAUUGUACAACACCCUAAAGAAACAAUACCCUCAAUUUCCCCUGAAGCUUCCUGCUAAAAGAAUAUUUGGAGACAAUUUUGAUCCAGCAUUUAUUAAGCAAAGAAGAGCAGGAUUGAAUGAGUUCAUUCAGAAACUAGUAUCACAUCCAUCGUUAAGUCAACACCUUGAAGUUCGAGCAUUUCUUCAAAUGGAUAACCCAAAGAAUCAGUCAGAUCCAUCAGAAGAUGAAGAUGAAAAGCCUAGUCGUGUGCAACAUUCUACCUCUGAAAGCAUUUAUCUUGGUGCCUCAGGAAAUCCCCAGGCUAUGCCAACAGACUUUACUUUCUUAAAGCUAAUUGGCAAGGGAAGCUUUGGCAAGGUUUUACUUGCGAAACAUAAAACUGAUGGGAAAUUUUAUGCAAUUAAGGUCUUGCAUAAGAAAGUAAUCCUAAAGAAGAAAGAGCAAAGGCACAUCAUGGCUGAGCGAAAUGUGUUGUUGAAAAAUGUGAAACACCCAUUUCUGGUUGGGCUUCAUUAUUCAUUUCAAACCACAGACAAGCUCUACUUUGUCCUGGAUUUUAUCAAUGGUGGAGAGUUGUUUUUCCAUCUACAAAGGGAGCGUUGCUUCUCUGAAGACCGAGCCAGAUUCUAUGCUGCAGAAAUGGCCAGUGCCCUGGGAUAUUUGCAUUCACUCAACAUUGUUUACAGGGAUCUGAAACCAGAAAAUAUCCUUUUAGACUCGCAGGGGCACAUAGCUUUAACAGAUUUUGGUCUUUGUAAAGAAGGAAUGGCUUGCACUGACACCACAUCUACUUUCUGUGGAACACCAGAGUACCUUGCACCAGAAGUGCUCAGAAAGCAACCUUAUGAUAACACCGUUGAUUGGUGGUGCCUUGGCUCUGUUCUGUUUGAAAUGCUGUAUGGCCUGCCUCCUUUCUAUAGUCGAGAUACUGCUGAGAUGUACGAAUACAUCCUUCACAAGCCUUUGCAGCUGAGGCCUGGAGCAAGUGACGAAGCCUGUUCAAUCCUGGAAGGAUUACUGGAAAAAGAGAGGGAGAGAAGACUAGGAGCAAAGGAUGAUUUUGAUGAAAUCAAAAGCCAUCCUUUUUUUGAUGAUAUCAAUUGGGAACAUCUAGAUCGGAAGGAAAUCCCCCCACCAUUUAAUCCCAGUGUGGCUGGACCUGAUGAUCUACAAAAUUUCGAUCCAGAGUUCACAGAAGAACCAGUUCCUCAAUCUAUUUGUCGAUCUCCUGACCGUUCAGUUGUAAAUGCUAGUGUUUUAGAAGCUGAUGAUGCAUUUAUUGGUUUUUCUUAUGCCCCACCAAUUGAAGAUUCAUUCUUAUAAAGGACAUUUUCAUGGAAUUUUUCAAUGAGAAACAAACUACUCAGCAGGAAAUGAAAGCACUGUUCAGCCUAGUAUGCUUUUGAAUUUGCACCACAACUAUCAGCAUUCCUCAAACAGAGGUUGUCGUGAUCAGGUGAAAGUAUGGAGCUUGUAAAGUACUAAAAAGAAACUGUACAUUCUACGUGCAACUUGUAAACAAUCUAAAUAUUCAAUUGCUUCACUCUUUCCAAGUCUGAAGAUUCCAAAGUUAUGUAGUUUAAGGAUAGUCUACUUAUUCAAGACUUUACAAAUUUCUGAAAUUCUGAUUGUGCUGUACUAUAUACAAUUUAAAUAUUGUGGAAACAACUUAUCCCAUUUCUGGAUAAUUGCAUAUAUAUCUUGUGAUAUUUCUGAAAGAAUUAAUGUAUUGUUGUCCAAAGAUGGUGAUGAAAUCAAAUUUCGCAACCUGAAAAUUGCUAAUGAUAUUUUAUAUUUUCACCUCACUGCCAUCUAUUUUGAUCUGUGAAGAUCAUAGAUCAUACACCGGUAUUGAUUUUGGUUAUAACUUAAAUGUCUUUACUGGAAUCCAACCGAAUUGUCACUGUAUAUAAAUCUGCACUUAUAGUACAGACAUUACUUGAAUAAUAGAGGAAAAAUUGUGGCCACUCAGGUGAAAGAUGUGAAGAUUUUCUUUUGAGUAUUUAAUAUGUAUUGGCCACUAAUGAUUGAUCAUGCCUGUUUUGUUUUAAAAACCUGAAUUGGAAAUAUACAAAUUUGCAAACUAUAGUUUAAUUAGAUGCAACUAAUACUUUUAUAAUUAUAUAUGUAUUUAAUUCCAUGUUGUGUGCAGAUGGAUAUAUAUAUAUAUUGAUAACAGCAAAACUACUAAAUAGCACAUCUUCAAAUAUAUAUGUGUGUAUAUUCUAAAUGGUCACUUUAGGUUUUAUGACAUGUUUGUUACUUGAUUAAAAUGUAAGGAAAGCUCCAGUGGAAAGGUUGGUUCAAAAUCCAAGUAAGUAUUUUUGCCCCUUUUACGCCAAUGGUACAAUGAGCAUUGUCUGUCUCUGUCUGUCUGGAAGGACAAAUGUUUUGACCUGCUUUUCCUAUCUGAUUAUUUUUAUUGACUUUCAUUUCUGUAUUUCACUUUUGCAGGAAUUCAUAGAAUGCCUUAAGGUCACCUGAGGAAAACCUUUUUUAAAUAACAUUCAUUCAAAUAAUUAAUGGAAAA